AGGAACUGUUAGUUUAAUCUCGGCAAUCAAUAUCUUUGCAUAAACGAGAAAACAACAAUGGAGUCAUCGGCCACUGUUGCAUUUGAUCGUUCAGUUCAGCUAAAAGCUUUCGACGAGACCAAGAUCGGCGUGAAAGGCCUUGUCGACGCCGGAAUCUCAGAGAUUCCCGCCAUAUUCCGUGCACCUCCGGCUACUAUAACAACCCCAAAACCACCUUCUUCGUCGCAGUUCACCAUCCCAACAAUCGAUCUCCAAGGAGGCGCGGACUCGAUCUCGCGGCGGGAUUUGUUGGUGGAGAAGAUCGGAGACGCGGCUGAGAGAUGGGGCUUCUUCCAGGUGAUCAAUCACGGUAUCUCGCUAGAUGUGCAGGAGAGGAUGAAAAAAGGGGUUCGUGAGUUUCACGAGCAAGACCCGGAAGUGAGGAAAGGGUUCUACUCUAGAGAUCCGAGUAGUAAGUUGGUUUACAGUAGCAACUUCGAUCUGUAUAGCUCACCGGCUGCUAACUGGAGGGAUACACUCGGUUGUUAUACGGCCCCAGAUCCUCCUAGACCAGAAGACUUGCCAGCCGUUUGUGGGGAGGUGAUGAUUGAAUACUCAAAGGAAGUAAUGAAAGUAGGUAAAAUGCUUUUUGAGCUUCUCUCAGAAGCUCUAGGAUUAAACACUAAUCACCUCAAGGACAUGGAUUGCACCAACUCAUUGCUGCUACUAGGCAAUUAUUACCCACCAUGUCCUCAACCAGACCUUACUUUAGGCUUAACCAAACACUCAGACAACUCUUUUCUCACGGUUCUUCUUCAAGACCAAGUUGGAGGGCUACAAGUUCUCCAUGAUCAAUACUGGGUUGAUGUUCCUCCUGUCCCUGGAGCUCUUGUUGUCAACGUUGGAGACCUUCUCCAGCUUAUUACAAACGGCAAGUUCAUAAGCGUGGAGCAUCGGGUUUUGGCUAAUAAAGCUGGACCGCGUAUCUCAGUGGGGUGCUUCUUCAGUUCGUAUUUGAUGGCGAAUCCUAGAGUUUAUGGACCUAUCAAAGAGCUUUUGUCUGAAGAAAACCCACCCAUAUAUAGAGACACCACCAUUACAGAGUAUUCAAAGUUCUACAGAUCCAAAGGUUUCGAUGGUACCUCUGGAUUACUAUACCUCAAGAUCUAAAGAAUCCACGUUGAAGCACAUGCACGUUUAUGUUUAAUAAUGAUGCUUACACUGUAAUAACUUCUUGUUUAAUAAGGCUGUGUUAGAGAGAGUGGGCCAUAAACUGUCACAACCGGUUCAUUUUCUAUCAAACGCAUUACAAUAUAUUAUCUAUGGUCAGUGACUUUUAUGUAGCAAGUGGUCACAUGUCUAUCAAUGAUAUCUAUAACCAGUGGUUCUGCUGUAAAUCCAAGAAAAAAAAAACAAUUUUUUCUUUUGUAUCA